CUGCACAUUUCUCCAGCAACUGCACAACCCCCUACACAUAUACGUCGUAUCUCGUUGUGUCCUCAAGCUGAGAUUGAUUUGUCACUGCCCAGCAUGCCUUUAUUCGGGCAGCCUUGCGAAUACAUGCAUGCUCCCCAUGUUUCUGCAGUGGGUCCACUAUGUUUCUGUGCCCAUAUACAAUGGUAGGCUUCACUACACCUAUGAGACAUCCACAAAUUUAGAAGAACAUUUAUAUACAAGAGUAGUCCACCUUAUCCUCCCUUAUAAUAGCCAUAUUCCCAUUCAACAUGGCUGUGCUCGAGCCUUAUCGAGAUGGUUACUACCUCUGGAACUACGUUCCGUCAAUCGGAGCGGCAGUCAUCUUCAUCCUCCUCUCCCUCGUCAUGACCGCGUCGAUCUCCUGGCACAUGUCCAAGAUCAAGACUUGGUUUUGCGUACCAUUCGUAAUCGGCGUUGAGUUCGCAGGAUACUAUGCCCGAGCAUCAGCACACAACAAAACCGGGCGUGUCAUGCCCUACUCGACUCAAAGCGUCUUCAUCCUGCUCGGUCCAGCUCUCUUCGCAGCUUCGAUCUACAUGUGUCUCAGUCGCAUCAUCCGCGGCGUUCACGGUAAUCAUCACUCCCUGGUCAAGCCGAGCUGGCUCACUAAGAUCUUCGUCACCGGAGAUGUCCUGUCCUUCGUGGUGCAGGGCGGCGUGGCUGGUUUGAUGGUGUCCGGCAACAGCAUCAAAACCGGGGAGGGAAUGGUCAUUGGAGGGCUCAUGAUUCAAAUCAUCAUGUUCGGGUUGUUCGCAGUUACGGCUGUCUUGUUCCAGAGGCGAAUCGAACGCAGGCCCACGCCGGAGUCUUGCAGCUCUGCCUUGCCCACUCUCAUCAUGGUGCGGUCAAUCUUCCGUGUUGCUGAGUAUGCGAUGGGCAAUGAUGGGUAUCUGCUGAAGCACGAGUGGACACUGUACAUCUUUGACACGACUCUUAUAUUUGCGGUCAUGGUGGUAUGCUUCCUCUGGUAUCCUACACGGAUCACUCCGGACAAGCUUGAGCCUCAGAGCUAUGCUAUCUGA